CUUUCUCUCCCUCAUUCUGUCCUGCUCCUCUCCUCGCGCGCGCGUCAUGCCUCUCUCCGCCGCCUCUUCUUCUUCUUCUUCUUCUUCCUCUUUUCUGGAGCAGCGAUGGGGAAGCUCGAGGACAACAGCAGCACAAACAUAAACAGCUACACAAACAUAAACAACUACACAAGCGUAAACAACAACAACGAGCGGAUCAUACUGAACGUCGGGGGCACGAGGCACGAGACGUACCGGAACACGCUGCGCACGCUGCCUGGCACGCGCCUGGCGCUGCUGGCGUCGGAGUUGCCUUCGUCCGCGUGCGCUGUGACGGCGGCCGGGUGUUGCAGCGGCGGGAACCGUCAUGCGCUCGAGCCUCACCACCAGCACCAGCACCAGCAGAACCAGCUGCAGUUACAGUUACAACAGCAACAGGUGCGCGCGCGCGCCAACAACGAGUUCUUUUUCGACCGACAUCCAGGUGUGUUCGCCUACGUGCUGAACUACUACCGGACCGGUAAGCUGCACUGCCCGGCGGACGUGUGCGGGCCGUUGUUCGAGGAGGAGCUCAGCUUCUGGGGGAUCGAUGAGACGGACGUGGAGCCGUGCUGCUGGAUGACCUACCGGCAGCACCGGGACGCCGAGGAGGCGCUGGACGUGUUCGACAUGAACGCCCUGGGCGGGGAUGGGGAGGGCCCGGGGGGCGAGGACGGGGACGAGUUGCGCGAGGCGACGGAGCAGCGCGAGCAGGUGGACAGGGAGCGAGAGGCGGGCUGGAGGAGGUGGCAGCCCGUGGUGUGGAACCUGUUUGAGGAUCCGUACUCUUCACGCGCAGCGCGGUUUGUGGCUUUUGCCUCUUUGUUUUUCAUCAUGGUCUCCAUCACCACCUUCUGCCUGGAAACCCAUGAAGCCUUCAACACCAUCAUAAACAAAACCGACACCUUAAGGAACGACAGUCUGCUGGAGGUUUCCCCACAGUAUGAAAUCGAGACAGACCCAGCAUUGACCUAUGUGGAGGGCGUGUGUGUUUUAUGGUUUACCUUCGAGUUCCUGGUUAGAGUAACCUUCAGCCCUGAUAAGCUGGAGUUUGUGAAGAGUGUCCUAAACAUCAUCGACUUUGUGGCCAUCCUGCCAUUCUACUUGGAGGUUGGGCUGAGUGGCCUUUCAUCCAAAGCGGCCAAAGAUGUGUUGGGUUUCCUGCGAGUUGUUCGAUUCGUCCGGAUUCUUCGGAUUUUCAAGCUAACCCGUCAUUUUGUUGGAUUGCGGGUUUUGGGUCAUACCCUUCGGGCCAGUGUUAAUGAGUUUUUCCUCCUCAUCAUCUUCCUUGCUCUUGGAGUCCUCAUUUUCGCCACCAUGAUCUACUAUGCCGAGCGUAUUGGCGCUAACCCCAACGACCCCACAGCUAGCCACCACACCAUGUUCAAAAACAUCCCUAUCGGGUUCUGGUGGGCUGUGGUUACCAUGACGACUCUGGGCUAUGGGGACAUGUAUCCACAAACAUGGUCAGGCAUGCUGGUGGGGGCACUGUGUGCUCUGGCAGGUGUGCUAACGAUAGCCAUGCCUGUACCUGUCAUUGUGAAUAAUUUUGGCAUGUACUACUCUCUAGCCAUGGCCAAACAGAAGCUGCCCAAGAAGCGAAAGAAGCAUAUCCCUCAGACCGUCCAGGCUGGGUCACCAGGUUACUGCAGGACUGACUUCAGCAUGGCCUGCAACAGCACCCAGGGUCAUGGGCUAGAACGCCAUAGAUCAGUGUUAUCUGCAGACUUUAGUGCAGGAAGUGACAUCACCAUGUCCCCGGAGGAGCGGGUGCCGAUGCGGCGGGUCAGCAUGCGUGAGCCUGAUCGACACAGUGGAGGAACCUGCUUCCUGUUGGCUCCCAGUGACUAUACCUGCACUGCAGAGACCGCCAUUCGCAAAACAGGCUGUGUGAAAUCUCGAAGUUUAAACAGCAUAGCAGGCUUGGCAUGUAACCUGCACCUGUCUCCAGUGACUACGCCCUACAACUCCCCCUGUCCAAUCAGACGUGUUCAUUCACCUAUCCCAUCAACCCUCUGAUCACUUUCAAUAACCUGCAGCAAUUACAAAGACUUUGGAUACAUCUCCAUUAAGUGUCCAGUUUAUUAGGUACAAUUUUGUAGCUGCACUCAUUGGCCAAUUCAUCAAAAAGUAUUUAUCCGUCUACCCUGUCCAUGAAUGCAAGGUACCACAGAAUAGUACCACUGAUCAGGUACUAUUUGGGUGGUAACAAAGCAGUGACACUGAUAUAGUAGUGGUAAUGGUAGUGUCUGAGAUGCUGCCAAGUUGUAAGUGUACCUACUGUGUAAAAACCAUGUCAGCGUCACUGCUGUGCUGAGAAUGAACCACAACUCACAUAAUAUCUAGUCAGUAGUGGUCCCAUGGUCUUUCCAUUGAUGAAAGGGGUAGAGUGGGCUUGAUAAAUUAUGCAGUAAGAGAUCGACUAUAAUUUGUGCCUGAAUCCCUACAAAAUAUAUGGUAGUUGUUUCCGAUAAAAUGGCCAGUGAGCGUAGAUACAAAGUAGGAGUUUCUAAUAAAGUGGACAAUUAAUGUGUUACAGGCUAAAGCUUCACUGAGCAUUGCAAUGUGGUCUUAAUGGAUAUUAAAGGGAAAUUACACUGAUUUUUUUUUUCUACUUUCUGCAUAAUUCAGUAGUUGAGUUGUAAACAAAGUUACUCAGUGGUUUAACGUUGAAAUGUACUUUCUGAAUUACUGUGUGCUGUUUGAAACCAGGGGUUACAAUUUGACUACACAAAUAUAGCCACUUUAUUAAACAUCCUCAAAAAUGAUAGAUAUGCAGAUAGAUAGGUUUAUGCUGACAAUGGUAAAUCUGGAAAAAACAUAAAAUUGUUCCUUUGUCUUAUAAUAGCUCAUAUGCUCCCCUCCAAAUGAUAUUUUUUUAGAAAAGACAGAGCCUUUUAAGACAAAAACAUUCUCCAAACUAUCUUAAAGCAAUGUCAGAGUAUUCAUAACCAUUCAGUGUAAUAUCUUUGCUGUAAGGGAGGUUUUAGAGGUGGACCUGUUCUCUUCUUACCGACAAUUCUGAGUACUCUCAACUUACUCAACUUACUCAACUUACUCAACUUACUCAGUAAGUUUCUGUAACAUAGAAUAUUUUACAUCUAACCAUCUGAAUGACCUCAUUUACAUUCAAAGGGGAAUUCAACCAAGGUUUUAAAAUUUCUGCAUCAUCAUCAUCAUCAUCAUCAUCAAUGAUGAUGUUUAGUGUCCAGUUUAUUAGGUACUUCAAUUUUGUAGCUGUACUCAUUGGCCAAUCCAUCAAAAAGUAUUUAUCAGCCCCUUUCUAUUCAAUCAAUAAUGAUGAAAAUGAUGCAUACAUUUUAAAACCUUGGUGAAAUUCCCCUUUGAAUGACGCUGCUAUUGAUUUUUGUGUGCAAUUCAUUAAAUUCCUGGCAAUAAACAGACUCUCUGAGGACUUUAUCAACAGCAGAGAUAUGUACAUAAAACUUUAGAUAUGAUGAUGUGCUUCCUUAUAAUGGCUGAGUUAAGAACAGUAUGAUGUCAUAUGUCUGCAAAUUCUAUCCAUUUUAAUUGUUUGUUUAUUUC